UGAGAAGCCGCAAGCUGUGCUUUCCCAUUCCGUAAAACUAUCUGCUGUCUAACAGACCCCAUCCGAGUCAGUCAUGCGUGAGUGCAUCUCUAUACACGUUGGCCAGGCUGGUGUGCAGAUCGGCAAUGCCUGCUGGGAACUGUAUUGUUUGGAACAUGGCAUCCAACCUGAUGGGCAGAUGCCCAGUGACAAGACCAUUGGAGGAGGAGACGACUCCUUCAACACCUUUUUCAGUGAAACUGGAGCAGGAAAGCAUGUCCCCAGGGCUGUCUUUGUAGACUUGGAACCCACUGUCAUUGAUGAGGUGCGCACUGGCACAUAUAGGCAGUUAUUCCACCCAGAGCAGUUAAUUACAGGAAAGGAAGAUGCUGCCAAUAAUUAUGCCCGGGGGCACUACACAAUUGGCAAGGAGAUCAUUGAUCUGGUGCUAGACAGGAUUCGCAAACUGGCUGACCAGUGCACAGGUCUCCAGGGUUUCCUGGUCUUCCACAGCUUUGGUGGUGGUACUGGUUCUGGAUUCACCUCCCUGCUGAUGGAGCGUCUCUCUGUUGAUUAUGGAAAGAAGUCUAAGCUAGAAUUUGCCAUCUAUCCAGCUCCUCAGGUCUCCACAGCUGUGGUUGAGCCCUACAACUCUAUUCUCACAACCCACACCACCCUGGAGCACUCUGACUGUGCUUUCAUGGUAGACAAUGAGGCCAUUUAUGACAUCUGCCGCAGGAAUCUAGAUAUUGAACGCCCAUCCUACACCAACCUGAACAGGCUCAUUAGUCAGAUAGUGUCUUCUAUCACAGCCUCUCUGAGGUUUGAUGGAGCCCUCAAUGUAGAUCUCACAGAGUUUCAGACCAACUUGGUGCCCUAUCCCCGUAUUCACUUCCCUCUUGCCACCUAUGCCCCUGUCAUCUCUGCAGAGAAGGCUUAUCAUGAGCAGCUUACUGUAGCUGACAUUACAAAUGCCUGCUUUGAACCAGCUAACCAGAUGGUGAAAUGUGAUCCACGCCACGGUAAAUACAUGGCUUGUUGCCUGUUGUACCGUGGUGAUGUGGUACCCAAAGAUGUAAAUGCAGCUAUUGCCACCAUCAAGACAAAGCGUACCAUCCAGUUUGUGGAUUGGUGCCCAACUGGUUUCAAAGUUGGUAUCAACUAUCAGCCCCCAACUGUGGUUCCAGGGGGAGACCUGGCCAAGGUGCAGCGUGCUGUGUGUAUGCUGAGCAAUACCACUGCGAUUGCUGAGGCCUGGGCUCGUCUGGACCACAAGUUUGAUCUCAUGUAUGCCAAGCGUGCCUUCGUGCACUGGUAUGUGGGUGAGGGUAUGGAGGAGGGUGAGUUCUCUGAGGCCCGUGAAGACAUGGCUGCCCUGGAGAAAGAUUAUGAAGAGGUUGGUGCAGAUAGUGCAGAUGCAGAAGAUGAAGGCGAAGAGUAUUAAACUUUAUUCUGUUUUCCUCAAGUUGUGCCUUUCUAUUCCUGAAUUUCCCCUUCUGAAGUCUAACUUUUUUUUUUAAAAUAAAGCGCCAUUUUAAAUGUGGCUUUAAAGUGUGAAUUCUGUUGAAUUUCUGUAACUAUAGUUGUGCUCAGUUUUGUAAUUCUGGUUGAUAUUUGCCAAAGUUUGUUUUAAAAUGUGUUCUGCCUGAAUGUCCAUGCACUAAUAUGAAGUUUCUUUGCCCUCCAUCCAUUUUUUCUAGUCAGUCUCCCUCCCUUUGGUGCAAGCACUUAUAACUGUUGUACAUGCUACAUGUAUGCAGUUUUGCAGCUCCCCAAUAUAACAUGACCACCUGCAGUGUUCAUGUAAUCUUAUUUUGAAAAAAUAACUAUGGGUAUGGCAUCUGUUUAACAGAAACCUAUUAUACAAAAGCUCCGAAAACGGCAACUGUCAUUUCCCACAGUAAUAAUUGAAGAUCUUAAUUGCUGCCCGGUUUGCUGUUUCUCUGCAAUGUGACAGUGCCUUGUGGAUGCAUGUUCAUUUACACAACAUAAAUAGAUGUUGGUGGCAUAACAAGUAAAUUGGAAAUUUUAAUGUUUUUAUGUAAACAUCCCAAACCCAUCCUGAGGCUUAAAUGUUCUGAGAAAUUAAUUUUCUUGUGAUAAUCCGACAGCUGUAAUGCUAAAUUUGUUCAUUUUCCGAUGUAUAAAAUGUUUCAACAAACAAUGGGCAGAACACAUUUCUAACAUAAACCGUAGGGGGCAUAGAUGUGUAGCUCUCCUUCAGUAUGUUGAUUUGACAUUAAUGGUCAUUGUUCUGCAUGAUAUAAUAAAAGGGAUGUUGUCACACUAA